AGUGCGUGAGUGAGAAAGACAGAGUGCGUGAAAGCGAGGUCUUCGAGUUAAAUUCCUCAACGACCGUUUGACUAGAUCAGACACCUGUCACGUACAUACACCCAUACCCACACCAACAGCCCCCUCUCUUCUCUUCCCACCCCUCCUCGAAUCGUUCAAUAAGCACUACGCCCAUUUCUGCCGCGACGAACCUGAUUAGGAUCCAGCUGUUUUUAUUAUCGACCCCUUUGCGAGCCGGAGGGGAAGAGACAAAGGCAAUCAUGGAGAGUCAGUCGUUCAGUCCUACGAGCUUGGACGCGCUACCUCGAUUAGAAACAAAUAUGGGUGCUAAAGACGACACCCGCGCACCUAGCCCUCCUCCUCCGGAGGGAAUCAAAGACGCAAUGGAACUGGAUGAUGACAAGGCGACCCAUCACGUGGGUCCUGUUGAGGAGGAGGACGUAAGUGGGGUUUCGGAAGUGAAGGAUGACAAAAUUCCCGCAAAACAAUUAGAGGAAGAGAAGGAAGAGAAGGGGAAAGGGGAAAAGGUGGAGAAGGGCGCCGUUUGUGGAAUCGGGGAAGAGGUGCCGCCAAUCUCCGCUCCCGCUGGGACUUCGGCCGCUGCCAACGAUGCCACUACAGACCCCGUCACCACCACCGCCGCCGGCGACAUCGCCGCUCCCACUGCCCUAUCUGCGCCUAUGACUACACCUCCUCCCCAACAACUCCGCUCUCCGGAUAUGCCGGAGCGGUUACCGGUAUCUCAACCCCAACUAUCCACACCCCAGCAGCAAGUAGAGAACAUGCGUCGGGCGGCCGAGGCCUGUCGACCCCUCAUUUUCAACGAUAUCCCUCCGCCAUCGCCGAUCGUGGAACCAGGGGCCUUGCACGAGCUAGAGGAUCCGACUUCCCCCGAUCGCCGACGAUCAUCAGCUAACGCGGGGAUCGCGGGACUGGAAGAGUUACGCCGUGAUAGGAUGGACCAGCUCAUUCACGCAACCGGGUUCGAUGGCGCCGGUGGGGAUAGCCAGGAAUUGGAAUACGAGCAUACUAUCGACGCGUUUAUAAAGUUAAAUUUUGACGACGGAAAUGUCUACUAUGUGAAGAACUCUUCCGUCAUAUUCGGCCGCAUGGAGGGCGCAACGAGUAAUACUUUUCAACAGAUUGGCCCGGACGGGAGCACGGUUAUUGGUGGGGGCAAUGGAUUCGGAUUCGAGCACCCAACGACAUCCGGCGCUAUGGGCCUGAAAAGGGAGAAGAAGAAGCGGCGAAAGAAGAAGGACGGUACGGACAGCAAGAAAAGCAAAUCUACCACUAGUGGCGGGAGCAGUGCUGCUCCUGCCACAUCCCGCAAGGGCUCCACCUUUCAAGGGCAGCCGCAGUUCCCGCCCUUUAAAGAUCCGUUCAAGUUUCAGUAUGGGAAUCAUAACAACCACUUUGCUCAGGAGGAUGAGACGCCUAUGAUUUAUCUGCCCCCUCCGAAUCCCUCUGCCGAGCAGGAGGCUGCUAGCACUGCCCCUCCCAAAAAGAAUAUAUCUCGUAAACAUGCCAAGUUGGCUUACAAUGCUGUCCGGGGAUGGUUUGAACUGGAUAUCAUGGGCAAGAAUGGCGCGUUUGUCAAUGAAGAGUUUGUGCAGGUGGGGACAAAGCUUAUCAUCGAUCCAAAGGAGGGGACCAAGGUUCAAAUUGGAGGUGUUAGCUUUGUUGUCUACGUUCCUGAGCACUUGGAUGGUGGCCCAGAGGUGAUUGAGCCCCCAGCUGCGAGUGGGGGGGCGGGCAAAGGGAAGGGUGGCAAGGGAAAGGGCGGAAAAUGCAAGAGUACCAAAGGGAAAAUGACGUUUUCCUUUAGUGAUGAUAAUGGUAUGGAGAGUGAUUUGAGUGAUCCGGAUGUGAAUAUGGGUGAUGAUGAUGGUGACGAGGAUAGUGUAGGUGGGAGUGGCGAUAGUGGGGAGGGUGAGAGAGGAGAGGAGAGUGAUCAGGAUAGUGAUGAAGGGGAUGAAGAGGAUGAGGACGAUGAGGACGAUGAGGGUGAAGAGGGUGAUGUGGAGAAUUCUGAGGAGGUGGAAAGCUCGGGCGAUGAAGGGGAGAAGGUCUCUCCAAGCCCUGAACCCGCUAAGGUUGAGAAGCGCGGUCGGGGGAGACCUCGAAAAGAUCAGACUGAAGUCCAGCGAAAAGAAUUGGUGAAAGAGAAAGCUGCGGCGGAGCGGGCCAAGGCAAAGGAGAAGGAGAAGGAGAGACGACAGAGAGAAAAGCUGGAGGCACAGCAAAAGGAGAGGGAGCUUGAGAAGGGGCGUGAGAAAAAACGAUUCGAAGCUCAACGACAAAAGGAGGAACGCCGACGUCAAAAAGAACGACUGCAGAAGGAGAAGGAGCAGGAGAAAGAGAGGAAAAGGUCACAUCUUCCAGUGUCGGCAAAGGGUGGGGGAGAAGAGACGAAGAAGGAAGGGAAAUUAUAUCUUCCUCCUCGGCCCUCGGCCAAAUCUGAGAAACCCUCUGCCCCGGCCCAAGAACGAAAGGGCCCAGGGCGGCCUCCCAAAGAGAAGAAACCCGAGACGCAAAAUCAAGCUCCGCUACAACUGCUGCUCCCCCAACAACCUCAAUCAUCCACCCAGAAACCACGGCAAGAAAAUCCUGCAGAUUCCCAACACGAUACCGAAAUGUAUCAUUCUUCUUAUCACGAUGACCUGGAAGACCUUGCGCCCUUAGCGGCUGCGAAUGAAGCUAUGUCCAUGCUGAUUGACCCCGCUCUUUCGUAUGAUUUGCCCCAGGCUCAGCCUACGCCAACUGUUUACCAGCAAGCCCCGAAGGAGCAAAAGAAGGGAAAAUCCAAGAAAGCAAAACCGCCCCCAAAGAAAAAGCGCAGUCCCUCUCCUGAAAUCAACGAAGCUGAUUUCCCCCCUGAAGCUUUGUUGAAGCCCUCAGCCUCUUAUGUCGUUCUUAUCCAUGAGGCAAUUUCGUCUUCUGAAAGAGGCGCCUUGACUUUACCAGAGAUCUACAAAGCCAUUGAGCGGAAGUACCCUUACUACAAACUGAGGGUCACUACGAACGGGUGGCAGAGUAGCAUUAGGCACAAUCUUGGUCAACACAAGGCUUUCUACAAAGUUGAGCGUAGCGGAAAGGGUUGGCUAUGGAGCUGUGCAAAAGGUGUCAGCAUUGAGAGGGAGAAGAAAGCUAGUGCAGCUACUCGCUCUAUAGGCCCAGUAAUCUAUGCAUCCGGAUUUUCAGACGGCCAUCGCAAUGUUCAAAACGGACAGAUGUCAUCAUCUCAGUACUACGGUGGCGCUCCACCCCAAUCUAUACCACAACCCCCCCAAUACUUGCCAUACCCUCAAUCUCAGCAGCCGCAAUACCAACCAGCUCCGGCGGCACCAAGCGCGGUUCCAGCUCCUCGUCUACCUCCGGCGUACUACGCGCCAAUCCCCAGUCCCACGAGUUUGAAGCAGCAGCCGCAGCAACAUGCGCCUUCUCCACAGCAGCAGCCGCCACUCAAUGUGCAAAGUAGCGGACAUAGCCCUGAUUUUAAUGAGGCGAUUAUUGGUCUUCGAGCGUUGAUUCAACAGCACAAGGAUGCUCCCGGGCCACGCUCACCUGAGCUGCUUAAGAUGGCAACCGAAGUGCUUAACAGCUUGUUGGAUAAGGACCCUGGUGCAAUGGAGGCCAUCAGGAAAUUGACCGCUAUUAUUAAGCAAAUUGAUCAGGCGAAGACUGUUGCCCAGCCGCCGAUUCUACAACAAUACCAGCAGCAACAUGGGCAGACCCAACCCGGGGAGGGCAAGGGUGUUACUGCUUCGGCGGUUGGCAUCACUGCUGCUGCUGCGAGUAACCGCGCACCAGUAGCGGUUCAUCAGCCGAAUAAACCUUCCGUUCCCAUCAAUAUCAAAGCUCUUUCGGCAGAGGAGAAGGCUGCGCUGGUUAAGAGGUUGCUGCUGGCCAAGAAGCAAAAAGAACAAGCUGCGGUGACGGCAGCUGCUAACAGAAUCUCUUCUGCUAGCUCUUCAGUAGCGGUGCCUACGCCCGCUCCCGCCACACCAGCACUCGCACAAGCAUCUCUUCCCCAUCCUUCGCCUCCAGCCGCCAAACCCGUCUUGGAACCCACUCUCGACCCUACCUCCGUUACCUCCGCUGCCACUGCAGACUCUACGCAACAUCCAACAACCCCCACCUCCACUAAACGACCCCGCGAGCCCGAACCGGAGCCCCAAGGCUUGGAAGCAAAACGCCAGAAUACUGGCUAGGCAACAAAAAUUUGUGGGAACGAUCCUGGUCCUUUCCCGUUCUUAUUGUUUCCCUUAUCUACUAUUAUUUUCUAUAAACUAGAACGUCGGGCGGAACCAUUGGUCCAUUUGUAUUAUCAAUUCUACUAUCCCCUAUACCAAAUUUCUCCUUUUGCUCUUCCUCCCACUCCUUCAUCAGCCCAUGUGUUUUUUUUUUUUUUGCGCACUCUGUGGUCAUUCUGCUCUCUUCAGGCAUGGUGGUACUGUUGCGUGAUUUGGCGUUGUUCGCCCCUUUACUUGCACUCCCUACCCGCUCCUGGGGAGUUUGUGCAGGUGGGGGUGGGAGGCUGAAAUUGGGGUAGUGAUACUCAUGGUAGAAGGGGAGAUGGAAGGCGGGCGAAGUGAGUUUGUGAAUGGUUUGGAUUGAAUCUUGGGACAAAUGUUUUAACAUGAGAGGGUGCUGGUGCCGGCCGAAAGGUCCUUUUCUUUCCGUUUUCCCCUCUUCUACCCCCACCCUUUGUCUCCUCACUUCUCGUUGUAUUUACUUUGAUUCUUGUAAUUUCUUUUAUGAGGUAUGAUGUUUUUCCCCUCCUUUCUAUUUCCCACCCUGUUUUUUUUUGUGCUCCCUGUGUGGCUUUAUGAUGGGAAUGUAAGUAGGUUAAUUGCUUUUU